AAGAGACGUGACCGUGGGCCCCAUGCUGUGUGAUGUAAACAAAUAUCUAUUCAACAGAGAUCUAAGCAGAGAUGAAGAUCUCUUACAUGAGGCGGGUCUUACCCAGUUUCUCAAAGAAACCCACGUUUGCAUCCACAUGCAGAGCCUUCCACGCAGAGAAAGUGAGUGCUGAUUCCAGGGGACUUCCAGUGGUUCACCACAGCAGGUAUGUGUGUGACCUCCCACCUGGCCACAGGUUCCCGAUGGGAAAGUUUCCCCGGGUCCUGCACUGCCUCCUCAAAGACCAAAUCGUCUCAGAACAGCAGGUUUGGACACCUGAGCUAGUAUCUGAGGAAGUACUGAACUGUGUACAUACUACGGAAUACGUGAAGAACUUUGUAAGCGGUAAGGUAGAAGAGAAAGCCCAGAGACGAACCGGGUUUCCCUGGAGCAAAGGACUAGUGAGACGCUGUCGCUAUGAGACCGGCGGUACGUUGCUGGCGGCGGAGGUGGCUUUGGAGCGUGGCAUGGCCUGCAGCACGGCUGGGGGGACGCACCACGCCUUCCCGGACCGUGGCUCAGGGUUCUGUCUGAUCAACGACCUAGCGGUCACCGCACGGUACCUGAGGAACUCCUCUUCAUGCCCCUCCUCCUCCUCUAUCGCCGGCGGUAGGAAGGUGCUCAUCGUGGACCUGGACGUCCAUCAGGGCGAUGGCACUGCGUUUAUUUUUAAAGAUGAGCCAGGGGUUCUCACGUUUUCAAUUCAUGGCGAGAAAAACUUUCCCCUGCAUAAACAACGGAGCGACCUGGAUGUCAGUCUGCCAGACGGAACGGAAGACAGGCAGUAUCUCUCCACAGUUGAGGAACACCUACCUGGGCUGUUGGACUCGUUUCGCCCCGACCUGGUGCUGUACGACGCCGGCGUCGACCCCCACACUGAGGACGACCUGGGAAGACUCAGACUCACCGACGCAGGGUUGUAUCAGCGCGAUCUUUAUGUUCUGAAGACUGUGGUGGCAAGAGGCAUUCCCAUAGCCACCGUCAUAGGCGGUGGCUAUUCCAGCGAUGUCGACAAGUUAGCCGUCAGACACUCCAUCGUGCACAGAGCAGCGACACAGGUUUGGAAAGAAUGUGGAAUGUAGAAAUCUACGAAGGGGAGCCCCGAAGAUGUGUCCAAGUUAUGUGCGUAUGUGUGUAUUCUGCAGAUCCUUUGUGUUCGCCGUCCGUCUUGAGGGCUUUUGAGGAAAUAAAAGAAAUCAUUAAAACA